GAAGUCGGUCUCACCAUGGCUGCCGAGGAGCUGGAAAAGAUCAACGUGAUCACCAAGUUGUCAAACCGAGCCCUCCAGGAGUAUGAGGGCCUGCAGAGGAAGCACGAGACAGCAGCCAUGGAGUGCAAGAAGCUGGAAGAGGAGAGAGAUGAGGCCAUCAAGAAGCUCAAUGAGUUCCAGCAAGUUUCUCAGAUGGUCAUUGAAGAGGUCAACGAUAUUCAGCAGAGCCUGGACAUCGAGAGGACGUGUCGAUUAAGCGCUGAAGCCCUGGCAUCCAAGUUGAACCGUCAGAACCGCUCUCUGAAGAGGAAGAGCAUGAUGCUGCUGCCCCACCUCGGCCCAGAGGUCAUCGCUGAGGUCGGCCUCGAUGAGGAUGAUGAAGAGGAGGAGGAGGAAGAGAGUGAAGAGCGACAUGCAGCCAGUAAUGUGUGCCUCUCCCCGCUGUGCCAGCCCACCAGCUCAGAGCUACAAACAGUCCGGGACCUCGAGGCCUUGAGAGAACAACUAGGGGGAACCAGGGAAGAACUGCUGAAAGAGAAACUCGAUAACACGGCUUUAAUCGCUGAGACCGUGCGGCAAAAGAAGCUCCUGGCCAAAUAUAACAGAGUGUCUCAGUUCGCCGUGGAGGAGUUCGAGGUCCUACAGGACACCUUGAAGCUGGAGAGGGACUUGAGGACGGAGGCCGAAGGCUUCGCCAGAGCGAUGGUGGUUGAGCAAACCAAGCUGAAGAGAGAGAGUCAGAUCCUGAUGGAGAGCUCCUCGCCCAGCCAAGCUCUACAGGAAGCUCUCGGCCAGGUCUCCAGGCUGACCCAGGACCUGGAGACUCAGAGGCUGGAGCACCAGAACCAGAUGAAGCAGAUGGAGGACAGGCUGCGGAGCUGCGAGGCUCAAAGGGAGCUGAUGGCCUUGAGGCGUAAACUUGAGCUCAUGGAGGAGGAGAAGAGGGAGCACAGCGACAAUUGCUCCAAGGCUAAACUGGAGGUCAAGGAUCUGCGGUUCACAGUUGAGGAGCUCCAGCAAAAGCUGCAGGCCGUUACCAACCCGCCCCCAGCUCCAGCUCCAGCUCCUCCACCCCCACCACCUCCACCUCCUCCAGCCCCGGCUGUGGCCUCCAACCCACUCAGUUCUCUGCUGUCGUUGAUCCGAAGAAGACGAGACGUCAGCACUGACAUCCCACUGGUGGUCCAGGACUCAGCCCAGACCCCAGACGUCAGGCAGCAGGCAGUGGACGAGAUGAUGCAUCGGAUCAAGAAAGGAGUUCAACUUCGACCUGUCGGCCAGUCCCCGAGUAGAACCAGGAGACAGAUGGAGAGGCUGCCCUCUAAUUCUGCCAUUCAGGAACUCAAAGGCAUCAUGGACAAGUUCGGUCGGACCCCCCCCCCCCCAACCGAAGGCGACGCCCCCCCCGUCGCCGACCCGCGACGAGCAGCUGCAGAGGAUCCUGCUGAGGCGACGGGACGCGCUGGAGCCCCAACGCCACGCCGCUUGAGUCCAAAUGGCCCGGAGGUGUGA